AUGUUUGCAGGAGACUAUGGAAUACAGGGAGACCCAAGGUUGAAAACCAUAUCAGAUGCCAUUAGAGUCGUCCCUCACUUCCCCAAACCAGGAAUAAUGUUUCAAGACAUAACUACUCUGUUAUUGGAUCACAAGGCGUUCAAGGACACUGUUGACAUCUUUGUCGAUCGUUACAGAGAUAUGGACAUCUCUGUUGUUGCUGGGGUGGAAGCAAGAGGAUUUAUGUUUGGUCCUUCGAUUGCAUUGGCCAUCGGGGCAAAAUUUGUUCCUCUACGUAAGCCAAAAAAGUUGCCAGGAGAAGUAAUUGCCGAAGCUUAUGAGCUCGAAUACGGUGUGGAUUGUUUAGAGAUGCAUGUUGGGGCUGUUCAACAGGAUGAACGUGUGUUGGUUAUUGAUGAUAUAGUGGCUACAGGUGGAACCCUAGCUGCUGCAAUAAGGCUCUUGGAACGUGCUGGGGCUGAGGUAGUUGAAUGUGCUUGUGUUGUUGGGUUGCCAGAGAUCAAGGCAGAGUGCAGGCUGAAUGGGAAACCAAUAUAUGUCCUUGUGGAGCCUCGCCAAUAG